AUGUGGAUUCUGCCUGUAAGAGGGAAAUGGCUGGUCUGGGCGAUUACAGCAUGCUGCUGCCAGGGCUUCCUACUGCUCGGAUACGACCAAGGGGUCAUGUCAGGCAUUAUCGGCGCUGACAACCAGUUCGGAAAAGAUUUCGGACAUCCUGAUCCAACUUUGCAAGGCACGAUCGUCGCGAUAUAUGACAUAGGAUGUGCGGUGGGAAGCUUAUUCGUAUUCUUCUUCGGCGAGUCCAUCGGACGAAAACGCAUGAUCAUGGCGGGUGCAUCUACCAUGCUCGUCGGUACUGCUAUCUUGACAAGUUCUACCACGGUCGCCCAGCUCCUUGUCGGCCGUAUAGUCACUGGUAUCGGCAAUGGUUUCAAUUCUUCCUCCGUACCGGUCUACCAGUCGGAGACAUGCGGCGGGGCCAUCCGUGGCACGCUUGUUUGUCUCAACUCCACCGUAACUAUCAUAGGCCUAGUUAUCGCGUACUGGCUAGACUAUGGCAUGUCCUUCGUAGACGGCCCGGCACAAUGGCGCUUACCAGUCGGCUUCCAAGCAGUGUUCGCGCUGUGCCUUCUCCUGCAGGGCAUGGUCCUCCCCGACUCCCCGCGCUGGCUGCUCGCGCACGGCCGGCCGGAAGAGGCAUGCCGGAUCCUUGCGCAGCUCGCAGGCACGGAGGACGUCAACGAACCGGAGGUCGUCAUGAAACGGAAGGAGAUCGAGGUUAGUUUGGAGCAGGAGAGCGCCGGAGGUCCGUUCAGGUAUGCGGAGCUGUUCCAGGGAGGACCUCUCGGGAACUUUAGGAGGAUAUGUCUCUGUGUUGCUGUGAAUGUGAUGCAGCAAUUCACCGGCUACCUCGCUCCCGUAGUAUACCAGAACACCAUGGGCAUGUCCCGCAACCUCUCACUCAUCCUUGGCGGAGCGACCGCAUGCACGUACAUGGUCGCGUCCUUCAUCCCUCUCUGGACCGUCGACCGGUACGGCCGCCGCUUCCUCCUGAUGACCUCCGCGACGGGGCUAUCCGUGUGCUUCAUCCUCGCGAGCAUCCUGCUCUCGGUGGGGACGAAGAGCGCGGCGUACGGCGCGACCGCGAUGGUGUUUAUAUUCCAGAUUUUCCUGGGGAUCGGGUAUCUGCCUAUCAUGACGCCGCCGGCGAUCGCGAUCAUCUCCUGGCGCGUGUUCAUCAUCUUCGCGGUGUUCAACGCGUGCUGGGUGCCGCUCGUGUACGCGUUCUUCCCCGAGACGAAGGGGCUCGAGCUCGAGGACGUCGACCAUAUCUUCGAGAAGGGUGGGGUCACGGGCGGGGUGUGGGGCGCGAAGGGGGGACGGACGGUGCAACCCAGGGCAAUCAGGGAAGACGUGGAGGUGCGGGAGGUGGAGGUUAGGGAGGACCGGGGGAAGGAGGGGAAGGGCGAGUAG